UUGUUACAAUGUUGUGCUACAAUUCUGUACUUCUAGCAAAUAUAUUUAUCACAAACGUUUUUGAGCAUGAAACUGAAUUAAAAAGAAAACCAUCUGUACUCUCAGGCUAAUUACUGUUUAUUCCAUGGCAGUAACAUCCUAGGGGAGAGAAAAAAGCAUAUGAUGCCCAAAUCAGACUUUAAUCUACCAGGAUAAAACAUUGCAAAAUGAACUUGGACCCAUUUUUUUUCUUUCUUAUUUGUCGAAGGCGUUUCUAGACUUUUGCAUACGAGAGAUUUUUGUCUGGUAAAAUUAUUGAGAGCUGGAAACAUCAACUCAUUUGCUGACUGGACCUCAUGCACCCUGUACAGGUUGUAUUGGUCAUAGGCUUUGAAUUUUAUUAGGUAAAUUUUAUUAUGAACUUAGCAUUUGUUUUAGAGAGAUAUCUUCCCUGUGGAGCAACUAACUCCGUCAUUUUGGCAGGGACAGAAAAAUCAAGGAGAAAAAAACAAAUCCAUGGAAGAAGAGAAGGAGGAAGCAGAGAGAACACAAGGGACAGCAAAACUAGGUGGAAGGGAGGAAAAGAAGGGCAUAGACAGAAAAGAAGAGAGAACAGCCUCAAGAACGGAUAGUACUCUGAUUUGUUGUGAUCCCUUCUCCACCUCCCCAUGAAGGGCCAGACCCAGAUGGAGGAUGGGGAGAAAAAAGCCAGAAAGAAAAUAGAAUGAAGGAAGGAAAUAGGGAUGUCAGAAAAUUUGAAGCAUCCUAACAUGGUGUGGGAAGUGAAGACGAAUCAAAUGCCUAAUGCAGUACAGAAACUCCUGUUUGUAGUGGACAAGAGAACUUCAGGGAUGAGUGAGUCAUUGGAGUUACUGAAAUGUAAUGAGAACCUGCCAUCUUCUCCUGGAUAUGCAUCCUGUGAUGAGCACAUGGAGCUUGAUGAUCUUCCUGAACUACAGGCUGUUCAGACUGAUACUACCCCAUCUGCGCUCUUUCAGCUUGGUACAGAUGUUUCACAUCAAGAAUAUUCAAGGCCUUCAUGGAACCAGCAUACCUCAAAUAACAAUUCAGAAAGUGCUUAUUCUUGUGAGAAUGGGGUGAGCUGGUUGACAGAACUGGCAAACAUAGCCACUAGUCCACAGAGUCCUCUCAUGCAGUGUUCUUUUUAUAACAGAUCAUCUCCUGUUCAUAUAAUAGCAACAAGCAAAAGUUUACAUUCCUAUGCACGUCCUCCACCAGGAUCCUCAAAGAGUGAUCCCAGCUUCUCUAAGCAUCACUUAGAUGAAACAUCAGUCAGACAUGAAAGGGCAAGUAGUGAAUCAGAGUCUGGUAUUUUCUGCAUGUCAUCGCUUUCAGACGACGACGAUCUAGGAUGGUGCCACUCUUGGCCCUCAACUGUUUGGCACUGUUUUUUAAAAGGCACACGUUUAUGCUUUCACAAAGGACACAACAAAGAAUGGCAGACUGUUGAACAUUUUGUUAGAGCUGAAGGCUGUGAAAAUGAGGGCGAUCUCCUAAUGGGAACUUACAAGGACUAUGGUUCUGAUGGUUUGAAGUUGAUAUCUCAUGAAGAAAGUAUUUCAUUUGGCGAGUCAGUAUUGAAGUUGACAUUUGAUCCUGGUACAGUGGAAGAUGGCUUGCUCACCGUAGAGUGCAGAUUGGAUCAUCCAUUUUAUGUUAAAAAUAAAGGUUGGUCAUCUUUCUAUCCAAGCUUGACUGUGGUUCAGCAUGGCAUUCCAUGCUGUGAAAUGCAUAUUGGAGAUACGUGUCUACCUCCAGGACACCCCGACGCCAUUAACUUUGAUGAUUCAGGUGUUUUUGAUACGUUUAAAAGUUAUGAUUUUACACCAAUGGAUUCUUCUGCAGUUUAUGUAUUAAGCAGCAUGGCUCGUCAGCGUCGCGCUUCUUUAUCUUGUGGAGGAUCGGGCAGUCAAGACUUUGAGAGAUCAGAAUGCAGUAAAAACUGUGUGGCUGAUGGAUCAUCACAGCUUUCCUCCAGUUCUUUGUGUAGUAAAGCUGGCAAAAGCCACAGCUCAGGGACUGCAAGUACUAUGAGUGCCACUUCUCCUAACAAAUGCAAAAGACCAAUGAAUGCCUUCAUGCUUUUUGCCAAAAAGUACAGAGUUGAAUAUACUCAGAUGUAUCCAGGGAAAGAUAACAGAGCCAUAAGUGUGAUACUUGGUGACAGGUGGAAGAAAAUGAAAAAUGAAGAAAGACGGAUGUACACGCUAGAAGCCAAGGCUUUGGCUGAAGAACAAAAACGUUUAAAUCCUGACUGUUGGAAACGGAAACGAACAAAUUCAGGCUCACAACAACAUUAAAUCGGAAUUUUACUGUUCUUAACUAUAUUUACAAAACGGCUGACACAUGAUGGAGAGAUUUAUGAAGAUCAAGGUCUUACCAUUUGUUGUGAAUUUGUGAGACCACAAAAUACUGGCAUUAUCAAGUCAGAAAAUGAUUUAACAUGAGUGAGGAUUUGCUUUUUACAAUAGAGCAUUCAGUAAGCUAAAACUAUCAACAUUUUAAACCAAAUUGCCUUAUUUUUCUUCCAAACUUCAUAUAUGUCUAUCAGGUAAUAUAGGCUUGAAAAUGGAUAUCCUGUGGUGCUAAGUAAAUUAGGAAAAAGAAGAGGAGCUGUGUAUAAAUGUUUUAUUUUUUAAAAAUGUACAAAAAGGGGAAUUUUAAAAUAUGUAACAGCUGUUUAUACAUUGAUUUCUAUUGCUGAUUAAUAUGUAUUGCACAAGCCAUGUAAUUAAUUAUGAUUCUGGGAGCUGGGAUUUCCUGAAAUGGCAGAAAGCAUUAGAGAACUCCUAGUCUGCCCCAUGCCAACAAGCUACCAGAUUGUGUGGUAAGUGGACAGUGUAGUGUACGUACCAUAGCAAGAGAGUCGCCUAGUGGGGUGCCACAUAUAAAAAUUAUAUCCAUGGUGUGAUGUUUUUGCACCAGCUGACAAUACUGUGAGCUAUUAUUUCCAAUGGAAAUAAUGGCCUGGGCCAGGAUGAAAUGAAUUAAUAGCAUUGCAUUAUCUCAAGAAAAUAUUGCAAAUGAUGAUUGUCACCAUUGUACUUUUAACUUUGUGUUUUGUCUCCUCUGCCACAUAGUCUAUGAUUAUAUAUUUUUUUGCCAUAAGAUAUCUUUAUGGUGGGGGCAAACUUUGCACUUAUGUAGGUGCAACACUUGCACUUUACUUUUUUUCCUCCAACUGUCUAAAAUUAGGCCAGAUACAUUAAAAUUACAGCUGCUUUUGCUGUAAACUUUUACAAUCAUGGCUGUUCGUUACUAAACAAGCAGUGUGGUUCUUUUUUAAGAAUCACAGCUGCAAAUUAAUUGUUCAUGAUACAUGUCUACAGGAUGUUGCCCCUAAGAUUUUUGCACACUAUAUUCUUGUAUAUUAUUUCAAAUAAAUUUGUAAAACUUC